ACGUCAGGAGGAGAGCGGAGCGAGAGGAGUUGAAAUAGGGCAGAGCAGGAGCGCAGCGCGGAGAGGAAAACCAGCCGGAGGAGCCGGAGGAUGGAGAGCCGCCGCCGCUGCUGCUGCUGCUGCUGCUGAGAGUUGGGGAGGACGCGCUGUAACCGUCGCUACUGACACAACCAGCCAGUCAUUCAUCUGAACCCUCGUAACCUUCUUUUUUUUUUAACUGAGCGAGCAGGAGGAGGAAGAGAAGGAGUCGGAACUAAAAAAACAAACACAAAAAACAAAACAACAAAAAAAAAAACAAAAAACAGCGCAGUUGGACGAGAGAAAUCUGUGGCACAUUUGCACGAAUUUCCUUUUUUUCUGCCUUCUUGCCUCGGAAUACCACAGAUAAACACUCAUGGGCAGCCUGGCUGUUUGGGCUGUGGCUGCAGCCGCUCUGCUGGGAAUGUCGGGGUGCUGGUUGGCUGAAGGGCACAAGAGCAGCAGGCGAGGCAGCGUGGAUACAGCCAGCAUGUCACGUACCUCCUCCCAGGAGCCACACUCCAUGGAGAAGGGGAAAGCAGACGGGAACAUCGAUCAAUCCCUCACCGAUCCAGAUGGUGGUCCCUGUCGGAGGACCUACUGUGGACGGGGUCGACAGUGCGUGCUGAUGGCAGAAACCGGGCGUGCCGAGUGCGUUUGCCAGGAAAAGUGCCGUCCCUCGUUUGUGCCGGUGUGUGGCUCAGACGGCAGGUUUUACGAGAACCACUGUGAGGUUUACCGCACCGCCUGCCUGGAGAGGAGACGGAUCUAUGUGGUGCACAGCAAGGACUGCUUCUUCAAAGGCAAUGCAUGCACCAUGUCGGAGUACAACAGGCUGAAGAACAUGCUGCUGGAUAUGCAGCCGAAAGUGCUGAAUACUGGAGAGCAGGAACAGCAGAGAGACAUGGAGGAGAAGAGAGCACUGGUGGACACCAUGUUUAAAUACCUGGAUGUGAACCAGGACGGCCGGCUGAUCAGUGAUGAACUGGAAAAGAUCUCGAUGAAGGAGCACCUGGAGGACAGUCUCUUGGAGUGCACCAUGCAGGACCUACUGCGUUACGACGAUUACAACAAUGACGGCCACCUCAGCCUACACGAGUUCUACACGGCUUUCCAGGUUGUCCAGUUGAGCCUGGCAGAGGACCAGCAAAUCAGCGUCUCCACGGUAACAGUGGGCCUGAGUGCCGUCCUUACCUGUGCCAUCCAGGGGACGCUGCGCCCACCAAUCAUCUGGAAGAGGAAUGGCAUCAUAUUAAACUUCUUGGACCUGGAGGAUAUCAAUGACUUUGGGGAUGAUGGCUCCCUGUACAUCACCAAGGUGACAACCAUCCACAUGGGGAACUACAGUUGCCAUGCCUACAGCUAUGAAGACCUCUAUCAGACACAUGUGCUGCAGGUGAAUGUCCCUCCGGUGAUCCUGGUCUAUCCAGAGACGCAGGCCCAGGAGCCCGGCGUAUCUGCCAGCCUGCACUGCCACGCCGACGGCAUCCCAAAUCCCAAACUCCUCUGGCUGAAGAACGGCAUGGAUCUGCAGCCCAGAUCUUCCAAACAGCUCUCCCUCAUAGCAAAUGGCAGCGAGCUCUUUAUUGGCAGCGUCCGGUACGAAGACACCGGAGCCUACACCUGCAUCGCCAAGAAUGAGGUGGGAGUGGACGAGGAUAUUUCCUCUCUCUUUGUAGAGGAUUCGGCCAAGAAGACUCUUGCAAACAUUCUGUGGAGAGAAGAAGGACUGAGUGUGGGGAACAUGUUCUACGUGUUUUCUGAUGAGGGCAUCACGGUUCUUCAGCCCAGUGAAUGUGAAAUACGCAGACAUAUGAAGCGGACAGAGAGGAUUGUUGCUACCUAUGAGGAGAUGUGCCCUAAAGGUGAGGGGGUGUCACCUCAGCACUGCGUGUGGUCCUCAGCAGUCAACAUCAGGGAUAAGUACAUCUACGUGACCCAGCCCCUCCAGGGCCGACUGCUGGUUGUCGAUAUUCAAGCACAGAAGGUGGUGCAGGCAGUAGCAACAGAUCCUUAUCCAGUGAAGAUGCUGUAUGACAAAUCACAUGACCAAGUGUGGGUCUUAACAUGGGGAGAUACAGACAAAACACACCCAACGCUUCAGGUAAUUCCUCAAGCCAGUGUGGGUGAAGCACAUCAUGCCAUCCGCACGACUUUCCAGAGGGUGAACGACUUCUUCAUUCCUCCAACUAACCUCAUCAUCACUCACGUGAGGUUUGCCUUUGUCUUCCUCAAAAAUGAACCUGCGGUACACAAGAUUGAUCUGGAGACCUUCCACCGCGUCAAGACCAUCAGCCUGAAGAACUAUAGCUGCAUACCAGUCAGCAUGGCUUACACACACCUGAGUGGCUUCUAUUUCAUCCAGUGCCAGAGCAAGAGCCUUCUGCAAGCCCCGCCACAGCUCAUCAUCGACAGCGUGACAGACGCCGUGAUUGGUCCGAACCUAAAUGUCACGGGCCAGGCUUUCGUGUCCCCGGACGGCCGCUACAUUGUGACACCUGACCCACGGAGUUCAAAGCUGAUAGUACAGACAGUGUCGUUCCAGGGGGAGCUGGGUCUGAACCAGGAAAUUGACCAGCCUGUAGCUGUCUCUGAUCUGGUUUUCCAGCCCUCCUUCACAGAGUCCAACCAGCAUGUGGUCGUGGCCACCUCGGGCUCAGGCACGGACCUGCUGUUUGCCGAUCUGUCCUCAGGCCGCACUGAGGUUCUCCGGAGCCUCAAGGAGCCCCUGGGCCCCCAAGCCUGGCCGUGGGGUGGCCCCAACCGAGUGGUGGUCUCCAGCGGGUUGUUCGGACAGUACCUGGUGACACCGUCAGUCGAGUCGCUCUUUGUCCUGAACGGCAAACAGAGAACGCCACACUGCGAGGUGUCAGACAUCAAGAGAGGGAACACAGUUGUUUGGGUGGGGGAGGUAUGAGUUAAAAAGAAAAAAAAGCAGGAGAUGUAGAAGUAGAGGCGCAAGUGGGGAAAAAAGGAGAAGGAAAGAUCAGGCCAAAUGACCUAUUAUUAAGAUUUGUGUGAACAUAAGUUGUGGACUCAACCCUAGGACUGAGUGAGAGGGAAACAUGCCUGGGUUUGUUGUAACAAAAGUACACUUAAAAAUAGAGUAAUUGAGAAAAUAUUAAGAAAAUCUGUUGUGAUAUUUCUAUUGGGAGAAAGUGUCAAUGCCGUUCAGUGCAACAGUGAUCUAUGUGCACUUAACUAUACAGAAUUGUACAUUAUUGCACUUCCUUCCAUGUUAUCACAGCAAAUAGGUACCUGAAGAGGGGUUAUUAACGAACUAUGCACAAUGCUCACUUUUUUUAGACUAAAAAGCUUUCCAAUUUUUGUUUAUCUCAACGUUUGUCGUUUUCACCAGUGCUGCAUAUAAUCACCACAAACUGUCAGUCUGUCCUGUCUGCCUUUAGUGUAUGCGUGUUCUGAGUCCUUUUAAAAGCUACCAACACCAUCUGUUUACUCGCCUUCGUCAUGGUAUUGUACUGUACUCUCCCUCUGAAAGCUUUCAUUCUUCUGUGUAAUACCCUCUAUUUACAUUGUCUAUCCAAAGAGCCCAAUUGGUCCAUUAGCCGUCGAAUGUUUCGGUCGCAGAGGAAGCCUAACCAGAAAUGAAAAGUACAUCUUCUGGUCUCUUGCAAUGGUAUAAUCUGUCCCCUGUUGUCUCUCACAUUUAUUCUGAACCUGCACAGCUCUGUGCUGUGAAGCCUGAAAAUGCCACUUAUACCACUUAGCAGAUUCCCUCAGGGUAAUGACUCCGGUUUACACUGACCCAUAUGCUGAGGCCGAGCCACAGUAGCAUCAACUCUGCUGUCUAACUGGCUGUGAGCAUUUGUACAUCCUCUCAGAGAGCCGUGCAUGAAGAUCAAACUCCAAGUCAGGUAGACUGACACUAACCAUGUGGUAUUCAGCACCAGGUAAAACUUUUAUUAAUUACUGUCAGCAUCAAACACUAUCUGGAUAGCAGCUACAUAUGCACAGGAAAAGAUAUUCUGUAUCUCAAAGCCUGGCAACCCGUUUCAGAAGUAGAGAUGCAUUUUCACAAACAUUAGCAAUAUGUACUGUAUUAAACAUCUUUCCUGUUGUCAGGAAUAAUUAUUGAUUGUGAAAUUACAUAAAUGGCUGUACAUGUACGUUUAUUAUUGUUACUCAGAAAUUGCAUCCCUACUUUUGAAACAAAAAACUGAAAUUACUGUCUCGAGGCGGUAACCGAACAAACACCAGCAACUCUUUACAUAUAGCAGAUAUUUAUUUGUUUGUGGAGGAACUGCAUCAUCUUUUGUGUAACUGUGUUUUUCCUCUUGCACUAAUCAUCAUUAUGAUGAUCCAUUAGCAGCAAGACAGAACUGCAGCUUUUUGCAGAUGUAAUAGCAUUAUCAGAAAUUACUGGAAACAUAAUGUCUCCAAAGCAUUUCUGCCUACUGACAGUAGUGCUGGUCUACAUAUGAAGGAACGCUCCUGAUGGCUCUUACAUAGUGGUCUAAAAUUGGUGCCAAUGCUGGGGUAAUGGCUUUUACUUUUCUUUUUUUCCCUCUUUAGAUCUACAAGAAUUCUCAAUAAGUCAGUUCUGUUAAAUGCUCCUGACUUUACCUGGUUGAUGAUGAAGUAAUUGUUUGCUGGGGAGACUUCUUACAUUGUGUUUCUCAAAUUUGCUCUUAGAAAUAGUCACACAGCAGAAGACUAUUUUAAUUGUACCUUUCUCACCAGUAUGAAAAAAUGAGAACCAAAAAAUAGACAGACUCGAUAAUAACACAGUGAGCCUCAAGCAAAAACCACUCAAACAUUUGGCUUUUAUGGGGAACAUUCAAGUCAUUUAAAGAGAGUCUGACUAUAAUCAGAGAAAAGAAACUCAAGAAUUUACCCUGGAUUCACAAUGAAUGAAUUUGGUGUUUAAAUUUGAUACUAAAUGUAAUAGAAUAUGUAUCCAAGAUGACCUUAAUGCUUAAAAUUACUAUUUAUUCACCAGGUCAUCAUGACUCACAGUUUCAUGGGAGGUUCUGUUAGAAUUGAGGCACAUUUUAGUACAGCAUGUUCAGUCCUUAAACUCGACACAUUUGUAUACUUAAGAGAGUUUAGUGAAUCCAACCAAACUGAAAAUGUUCUUGCGUGAGCCUCAGUGUGAACUUGCCUUUGAAGUAAAAUAGAAUCUGGGAUGUACUUCAGCAUCACAGCACAAAUACUCACAGCCUUUGGGAUUUUGCAGUUGCUGACCAUUUUUUGGCGGGUCAAACAUGCUUGAAAGAAGUGAGAUUAAAGUUGUAUUUAUCUCCACAGAUCACGAUGUCAAAGUCCAGCUUUAACACGCUUCACGUGAGUACUCUAGGAGAAACAAACCACUGUAAAUCCAACUGGAGUCUUGUGAAUGGAGUUUACUGUAUCUGCUUGUGUGUGUUUCCCCUCCCCACAAACAGCAACCUAAAUUAAAUAUUAAUCAUCUUCUCCUAAUAUGUAGUUGUGCCUGUAACUCCCCAAUGGGAUGCAAUGUGUAGGGUAGAAACCAAGCUGUGCAAGAAAAGAAAAAGUAAACACAGGAGUGAAGCAGAUUUGUCGUUCUUGUUUGUGACUUCGGUAUUUGCUGCUAAUCUGCCACGAAAACCUUUCUGGCAUGAUGGUCUUUUUGAAGGCAAAGACUCAAUGUUUCCUAGACCACUGUUGCACUGAGGACAGAAAUAUAUAUCUGCGAUACAUCUAAGCUAUGUGAAUGGAAACUUGUUAAAUUGGUAAUCUAGUUUUCUGUCUAAAUGAAAAAAAGAAGAUUCAGGCUCUGAAGUUUCCUAAAGUCACUACCCCAUCCAAAGUCCCUGAUGGCCCUAAACGAGUAACCGACAGUGUUCAACAGCUCAGAGACAUGCAUGUAAUGAAAAUAGAUCUUCAACAUGAUUACCAUUGACCUCUCAGUGAUCUUUCACAGUCACAUACAGUUUACCGUUGCUUGUGAAAAAGUCACUUUUCUGCCCUCUCAUUGUCACAUCUGUCAGCUUCUCUCUUAAGGUCGAUUCAGCAGUAAGACAUCGCUGCUAGAGCCAAGGAGAGCAAGAGCAAAGAGACUGCACCUGUGCUUGCUGAUAGAACUACAUUAUUGGCUAGCUCACGUUGUUUGUUUGGGUCUACCUUCAGUGUCACAUGACUAUUUCCGUACCUCUCCUUUAACCCUGAAGCAAGGGGCUGCAGAGCUGAACCGCUUGGUGUGAUAGACAUUGAUAGGAACCACUGUUGUAGAUAACAUUGUUCAUGUUUAGAACACGUUCAGACAUGACAAAACUGACUGUACAGUUUUCUUUAUGCAUUUUGUGUGUUCUGGUUUAUGAGGGAAUUGUUUUGUAAGAAAAAAAUCGAAUUAAAUAUAUUGUAAAAAUCAA